AGGAAGUUGAUCACUAGAGAGACCUGGGUCUGAAUUCCCAGCUCUACAACUUCUAGGUGUUUGAUUAAAAUAUUUACCUGGUUGAGCUUUUUUUUCCUUCUGUAAAAUGGGGGCAUGUGCUGGGAUUCAAUAAGGCAACACACAUAGAGCAUUUAGUGGUUACUGGCCUGCACAGAACAAAUGAUUCAUUAAUAACAACGAUAUUGGGCUGGGGAUGUAGCUCAGUGGUAGAGCACUUGCACAAUCUGCACAAAGCCCUGGGUUCAAUCCUCAGAGCCUCAAUAACAAUACCAAUGAUGGUGACAUUGAUAAUAACCCUAUGCUAUUCUCUGAGAAACAUUAAAAAUAAUAAAAUUUGAUUCAGUGUCUACUUGAGCCCCUCCUACACUGUAUUAGGUACACAGACUCCUAACAAACUGCAAGGUAAGGAACUUCAUCUUCAUUUAAGAUUGGCUCUUAGAUAUUAUGUUUUAAAAAUGUAAUUAACCUGUUGUGUGUUCCCAAAAGUGGCUUCAUAAUGAGAUUGCUGUAAUUGCUAUUAAUAUCAUUGUUAUUUUGUUAUUAUCAGGGUCUCAAAAGAGUUCCUGGAGUGGAAUUUAAACUUGGGCGGAGGCAGAGAGUUGUGGAAACCAUGGCUGUGUAUGCCGAAUUCAAUAACAUGUACUGCUGCUGCUAAUGAUCCAAUCUCAUUUCCCUUGCCUCUAUUAUCCUCAUUAAUUUUUCUGCCGAUAUACCAUCUGUUUUCCCAUUUCCCUCUCCUUCACACGUGCAGAACUUGGCGCCGAGAAGCCCAGCCUGGCCAUCUCCCAACUAGUAGUCCAAGAGGUAGAGAAGCCUCAGGUUGAAGUCACCUGAAGCAUGUGGGCGGGCGGGAAAACCGGAAAGCAGGAGAGAGACUACGGAUCUGCCCAGUGGCUCGGCCCGCGGCUGAGGACACGGUUCGCCGAGAAGGAGCUGGGGUCUACCAACUCUGCGACUCUGCGUGGCCCCACCCUCGGCCAGGUGGAGGAGCCAAGGAAAACUUCCAACACUCCCCAAGUUUCAGCUCAAGACGUCUCGGAGGCUUCAAGUGCCCUAGCCUCGCAAGCCUGCCUGCAACGUGGCCACGUCUGGGACACCCUCAUACCCCCAGGGUCUCCCAAACUCUUUCAUUCUCUCUCCAGGCCCAGUUGUGUUCCAGGUUUCCCGUUCUCGGGGUCCUACUCUCCGCUUGCCCGGAGAUUCCCCCCCUUCUCAGGCUCCUGCCACCCCAGCCAAACCCUUUCGCUGCCUGGAGCUUUAGCUCCCCCGACACCGCCUGGCUGCCGGGCGGGGGCAGGGCCAACUGCGGAACCGCCCCCAACCGCCUCCCAGGCCAGGCGAGCGGGCGGGUUGCUGGGGCGCCUCCACCUCCUCUUCCUAAAGCGGCGAGGCGCAGACGAGCGGCAUCACUCGAGCCCAGGUCCCAGCCACCGCCACACACAGCGCCCUGCAUUCAGGAAGAGGAGCAGCAGCGGAGGCGGCGGCCACAGCGGCGGGCGGGCACCAGAAAGGCCCCGAUCGAAAAGCCUGGGAGGGCCGCCGAGCUACCCCUGUAGGAGGAGCCAGCCUGAACCCAAGGCGCCACCACCGCAGAAGCAGUGCGGAGCAGAAGUCGCCUUCAUGGCCCACUCACCGGUGGCUGUCCAAGUGCCUGGGAUGCAGAAUAAUAUAGCAGAUCCAGAAGAACUGUUCACAAAAUUAGAACGCAUUGGAAAAGGCUCAUUUGGAGAAGUUUUCAAAGGAAUUGAUAACCGUACUCAGCAAGUUGUUGCUAUUAAAAUCAUUGACCUUGAGGAAGCCGAAGAUGAAAUAGAAGACAUUCAACAAGAAAUAACUGUUUUGAGUCAAUGUGACAGCUCAUAUGUAACAAAAUACUAUGGGUCAUAUUUAAAGGGUUCAAAAUUAUGGAUAAUAAUGGAAUACCUGGGUGGCGGUUCAGCACUGGAUCUUCUGCGAGCUGGUCCAUUUGAUGAGUUCCAGAUCGCUACCAUGCUAAAGGAAAUUUUGAAAGGUCUGGACUAUCUGCAUUCAGAAAAGAAAAUUCACCGAGACAUAAAAGCUGCCAAUGUCCUGCUUUCAGAACAAGGAGAUGUUAAACUUGCUGACUUUGGAGUGGCUGGCCAGCUGACAGAUACACAAAUUAAAAGAAACACGUUUGUGGGAACUCCUUUUUGGAUGGCUCCUGAAGUUAUUCAACAGUCAGCUUAUGACUCAAAAGCUGAUAUUUGGUCAUUGGGAAUUACUGCUAUUGAACUAGCCAAGGGAGAGCCGCCUAAUUCUGAUAUGCAUCCAAUGAGAGUUUUGUUUCUUAUUCCAAAAAACAAUCCUCCAACUCUUGUUGGAGACUUUACUAAGUCUUUUAAGGAGUUUAUUGAUGCUUGCCUGAAUAAAGAUCCAUCAUUUCGCCCUACAGCUAAAGAACUUCUGAAACAUAAAUUCAUUGUAAAAAAUUCCAAGAAGACUUCUUAUCUGACUGAACUGAUCGAUCGAUUUAAGAGAUGGAAGGCAGAAGGACACAGUGAUGAUGAAUCUGAUUCUGAUGGCUCUGAUUCGGAAUCCACCAGCAGGGAAAACAAUGCUCAUCCUGAAUGGAGUUUUACCACUGUGCGAAAGAAGCCUGAUCCAAAGAAACUACAGAAUGGAGCAGAGCAAGAUCUUGUGCAAACUCUGAGCUGUUUGUCUAUGAUAAUCACACCUGCAUUUGCUGAACUUAAACAGCAGGAUGAGAAUAAUGCAAGCAGGAAUCAGGCAAUUGAAGAACUUGAGAAAAGUAUUGCUGUGGCUGAAGCUGCCUGUCCUGGCAUCACUGACAAAAUGGUGAAGAAAUUAAUUGAAAAGUUUCAAAAGUGUUCUGCAGAUGAAUCCACCUAAGAAAGUAUUUCUGGCUUCAAUUUCAUACGGACCCAGAGUAACCCACCAAAGCUACUUCAAGCUUAACAAUGCUUAACUCGUGAGCUCCAUGUGCCUUUUGGAUCUUUGCAUCAUUGAAGAUUUGGAAGAAGCUAUUCAACUAUUUUGUGAUGGUGUUUAUCAUUUUAUAUUUUAAAGAGAUUAUUUUGUAAGGAAAACUUUUAAUACUAUAGUUUCACCUGUAUUGUAGUAAAUGUUGAGAUACAGUUUUGCUUUUAGGUAUCAUUAUUUCUUAAGUUACUAGGAUGAAUACCUUUCAUGUUUUGAUCUUUAGUUAACUGUACACUCAUAAAACAUACAGGUCUUUCAACGGCAUCCUAAAUAUUCAAUUUUCGUAAAUCAUCGAGCUUCAAAAGUUUUUAUUUACACAAGCAUAUUCUAAAAAGGACUAUCUGUGGAAUAGUGGAAGUAAGACACAUCUUCUUAAAACAAAUUUUUAAUAAGCUCUUUGAAAUUGAACCUGGAAAAGUAUUGAUUCUUAUACCAAGUUGGUAUGAAUUCCAGGCAGCUCAAUGAUUAUCACAUUUGAGAGCCCUGUGUUUGAGGCGUUGACAGGCAGCGUGUAGCAACGGAAGUACCUCUUGGUGUACAGUAUUUAUCUUUUUGUUUAGAUGGAAGACACAAUCAACCCUUAUUUAAAUGGUUAGAAAUUUUAAAGCAAAAUCAUUUAGCCAAGGAUGUGUUUUUGGUAACAAUGGAGGAAUUAUACUGGCUUCAUUUUUUAAAUCUUUAAGUCAAAUUACAUAUGCUUGGAUUUAGAGAGCUUGAAAAAAUGCUGAUUGUCAUGUGAUUAAAUACCUGAUCAACAGGUAUGAAUAUAAUUUACACAGUAUAUUUUUGUCAUAGCAGUAAAUUGUCCUGUAAACUAUUUAUUCAUUUUUGUUCAUCAUAGUUAUCAGUACAAAAGCAUCAUAUGUUCAUUUCUGAAAGGGUAUAUCAAGCAUUUUCCAAUUCAUAUGAAAAUAACCAUAGUACAGGAUGAUUUCUGUCCAUUCAAAGGUAAGUUAGACUGUACAGUUAAUUUUUAGUUAUAUUUAUGGUACUGUUGAGUGGAUAAUAACCUUCUUUCUUUUAAGCCCAGUAUAUAUAUUAUGCCUGGCUAAGUGCUGAACUGGGGCUGUAUAUCAGUAGUUGUAGAAUUAUUGAUAUUAAUUAGUUUUAAUAGUUAAUAUUUUGUUUGGGUCUGCACACUUGGAUUUUGCACAAAAAUCAUUUUUAAAAAGAAAUCUGAGUAAUUGCCAAAUAUUAAAAGAAAAUGUUCUACAAGGAAAGAAUACAGUUUUUCAUCAAGGUAGCCAUUACAUGCUCUUUUUAAAAUAUAAACACUUGAGAAAAUUGUGGUAUAAUAUGCCAAGAAAUUUCUUGUCAUUGGUGCCUAUGCAGUAAAAAUUAAUUUUAGUUAAUUGUAUUUUGAAGUAAUGGUUCAGUUAAAUUUUUCACCUGCUAUGUAUCUGAAACACAAUUAAAGUUUAUAAUCUGUAGCACUCUCAAAAUGAUUUUGCAACUCAUCAUGGAUUAAAUGAAUAUUUUUGUAAAAGUAAAAGCAACAAGUUUAUAAAUUGAUUAUUUGAAACUUUACAACUGCAUCACAGAUAUGAAUUGUACUGCUUACUCAUUAUAGUUUUUAGUCCUGUAAACUGUUUCUAGGUGAAGCAUACUCCAGUGUUUUGGGGGUUUUGAAAAUAAAUAUUUAAUUUCAUGAUCUA